AAUAGCAGCUUGAUACCAAAAAUGAUUUUUUUUUGUAAUAAUAUGACAUUUUCCAAGGGUUUUGUCAAUGUCGAUAAUCAUAUUCUCAGUUUUCCUUACAUUUUUGAAGCUUGUAUUGUUUCUUAAAUUGUCCGACUUUUAAAAUUUUUAUCACCGAAUGGCUCACCUUCGUUUUGAUGUGCGAAAAAGAAUACGAUUUGCGUACGGUUCAGGCUGCUCUGUGUAGUAGUGCCGUGCAUAGCGAUUAGCGCGAUUUGUUUGCUGUAUUUUGCUGUAUUUUGCUGUCCAUUGCUGUCUUAAAUCAGCAUUUAUAAUAUACAACCGAGCUUUAGAAGGUGAAUAAAGAGCGGCGCAUUGAAUAGUUUGCUUGAUAUUUGAUUAUUUUCCCCAUUUAUUCUGAUUUUACAUUAUUCUAGUCAAGCAAGGCUCUUCCAGUGACAGCCAUGGCAGAGGUCACAUCACCCUCUCAGCCUCUGGAGCAGUUUGUGCUACUGGCCAAGUCGGCCCGCGGGGCAGCCGCCGCCGAGCUGGUCCGACAGGCUCUGGACGCGCCGGGAGUGUACGUGUUCGCAGAGCUUCUGGACAUGCCACACAUCAAAGAUCUGGAGUCCCAUGCCGAGUACGGCUCCCUGUACCAGUUGCUGCAGCUGUUUGCCUGCGGCGUCUACCAGGACUACCUGCGCCGGCGCCAGGAGCUGCCGCAGCUCAGCGACAUGCAGCGACUGAAGCUGCGACACCUCACCAUUGUCACCAUGUCCACACAGACCAAGCGCAUACCGUACGCUGAUCUUAUGAAGGAGCUGGAUCUGGACAACACCAGGGAACUAGAAGAUGUCAUCAUAACCGCCAUAUACUCAGACGUGAUCCGCGGCAAGCUGGACCAGCUGGGUGGUCAGCUGCAGGUCGAGUACGCCGCCGGACGAGACGUCCGGCCCGAGGCCGUACCGCGGGUCAUAGCCACCCUGCAGGCCUGGUGUCAGACCUGCGACACGGUGAUGCAGUGUAUAGACAGACAGGUGCAGACGGCCAACGGCGAGCGGGAGGCGCGCGCCCGACACCGCGCCGCCAUUGAGGCCAAGGUACAAACAAUCCGCGAGAGCCUCAGUGCCAAAGAUCAGGACGACCCAAUGUCAUCCGACUCAAAGGAGACCGUGUCUACCUCAGACCGAAGCAAGAAGGCGAAGACGCGAGCGGCCAAGGCCGGCACCAGUAAAUUAUGGAAGUCGUGAGGCGGUCCCGGCUGAUCUGUGAGGACAGAUCGUAGUGCCGGAAUGUGAUACAGACUGGGGGACUGGGCGUCUGGGAAAGACAGUUGGGCUGGACGGUAGAGCGCAGCCUGCUGAUCGCUGUCCAGACGAAAAUAUGCGUCUGUUGAGGUACGAGGACAGACCUGGCUGUUUCCGAGUACCACACCACGGCAGGUACGUGUACACUCACGGUGUUCGUACAGUAACCGGCGGUACGCUGAUGGACGGUGUACAGUGCUUCUCUAUGUAGUGAGAAGCUCGGACCGGCAGAACUACCCUCAGUGCACCGUGCCGUGUAUGUGUGUGGUGGGGUCGUGAGGAACCCCUUCUGCUGAGCCGAGUGUUAGAAGUGACCUGGCUGUCUCGUACGCUAAAUGGUGUGUGCGGACUAAGGUGGGGUGUGUGGUAUUUUCGCUGUCAACUCGGAAAGCUGUGUUUGACGAUGGUACGGAUGAUGGUGGGGGAACUGCAGUCUGCCCCACACGAUUGAAUUGCCCCGGCCCUCGGUGCCUCUGCUAAGAUCUGUAAUUUGGAAAUAUGUAGCUCUGAACUUGCAAGAUUUAUGGUCAACUGCUUGAAUAUCCCUUCGAAUUUGAAACUUCAUUUUCAAUGUGCACACUGCUGCAGAUGUAGGUGGACUGCUUGUCGGCUCAUUGAGUCGAUUCGUGUUGUAAGGCUGCGCUAAGAGGUACCACCGUGUCGAACAGGGCGGUUUGUCGUCGGUGUGCGGGGCAGAGUUGUGGUUGUAAUGAACAGAAUAAACGUAUGGUAAACAA